AUGUCCGACACCAAGGUCGAAGAGGUUCCUGCGAACGAGGAAGUCCCCAAGGCGGGCGUUGAGGACGCUGGCAGCAGCUCCGAGUCCGAGGCUGAGAACGCUGAGACCACUGAGGCCGCUGAGCCCACCAUCCCCGGAGGAGCGACCGUCACCAUCCACUCGCGCAACGAAAAGAAGGCCAGAAAGGCCAUUGGCAAGCUCGGCUUGAAGCAUGUUCCUGGCAUUACCCGUGUCACCCUCCGGAGACCCAAGAAUAUCCUCUUUGUGAUCAACCAGCCAGAUGUCUACCGCUCCCCCUCCAGCAACACUUGGAUCAUCUUCGGUGAGGCCAAGAUUGAGGACCUGAACGCUCAGCCUCAGGUCAGUGCUGCUCAGCAGCUCGCUGCUGCCGAGGCCGCUGGUAACGCUGACCACGCUGGUCACGAUCACGCUGAGGGCAAGGGCAAGGCCCCUGAAACCGAAGCCAAGAAGGACGAGGAUGAGGACGAUGGAGAGGAAGUCGAUGAGACGGGUCUGGAGGCCAAGGACAUUGAGCUCGUCAUGGCCCAGGCCAACGUGUCCCGGAAGAAGGCCGUCAAGGCGCUCAGGGAGAACGACAAUGAUAUCGUCAACUCUAUCAUGGCACUCAGCAUAUGA